UCUUUUCUCAUUCGUUCAUGCCCUGCAACACGCCAUGGCAGUUUACAAAAAAACUGUCACAAGAUUAUUCUUUUAUGAUUGUUCCGUCAAAUUUAAACCCAUUUUUGCAGGCACCUUUACUUGUUUGCAACCCUUUACUUUCGGCAGAUUUAACUAUUGUCGGUCUUCCAUUCUGCUUUUCCUCUCAUCAACGUCUCCUUCAAUAACUGCUUAAAACUUCAAAUUGUGCUGCGAAUUUGGUAUGAUUUGCAGAGACCCAAAUUGAAAGCGUGUUAGCAGAGGCUGUGGUGUAAUACAGGGCAGUUUGAAUAGAAGUCAUAAAAUUUGUUUUACAGCUGAAAUAAAAUCAUGGUGAAAUUGACGAUGAUAGCUCGAGUGAGGGACGGGCUGCCUCUUGCAGAAGGCCUGGAACAUUUUCGCGAGCACAAUGAUUUUGAUUUUUAUAAGCAAAAGGCCAAGCAAUUGUUUAAGGUCAUCUCAGAAGGCCAAAAUGGAGCUUCCAGAAUGUCCCUGAGGAUUGAACCUUAUUGCUUUCACUAUAUUAUUGAGGAUAGUGUGUGCUAUAUUACCUUGUGUGAUCAAUCAUAUCCAAGGAAGCUUGCUUUCCACUAUUUGGAGGAUUUGCAAAGAGAAUUUGGGAAGCUCCAUCGCUCACAAAUAGAAACGGCAUCAAAACCAUAUGCUUUUAUCAAAUUCGAUUCAAUCAUCCAAAGAAUUAGAAAGCUUUAUUUGGAUACCAGGACGCAGAGAAACCUGUCAAAGCUGAACAACAAUGAUCAAAUUCAAGUUCAACAGAUUAUGAUGAAGGACUUCAGUGAUAUUGUUGAUAAUGGAAAAAAAAAAGAGGAAACAAAUCUUGUGUCUACUAGAGGAUCCAUUGAUAUAGAAUCGGCAAUUAAGGGCUCGGAAAUACUUCAGAAGGUAGCACUAAAAUGGAUGCCAGUUGCAGUUUUAGCUGCUGUUGUAAUAAUACUCAUAUGGGCACGGAUGGCACUUUGGGGUUUUUGAAUACAUUGAACUUUGAAGUGCAAUUGGGAGGAAAGAAUAAAAUUUUGAGUACAGGCUUAAUAAAUCAAAUGUUUUUUCCUGGUCCAGCUCAUGGACUAUGGGGUGAUUAGGCUCAAUGUUCACUCAUUUACAUAUGUUUUCUAUUAUCACCAACUGGUAAAGAAGAAGGGUGUGAUGAGAGCAUUCCAGUCAGAAAAUAAUUAGAUUCAGACGUAUGAGGCCGAGCUUGCUGAUUUGUCAAGGUGGUUAUAAAAAAGCAGACAAAUAAAUGUCAUGUAAUAACUUGUGUGAAAUCUUACCAAUUGAGUCAUCAAAAAUUACUAAUUGAGUCAUCAAAAGAGGUUUGAGCAAUCCAUGUGCUUAUAGGCUGUGCUUGUGUAUAUAGGCUGUGCUUCAAAGAUCUAAGGCUUUUUAAGUCCACAGAGGAAGGCUUUUGUAAAAGCUGUUAAAAUCUUGUACACAGUUUCUCCAAAAGCCCGUUUCCUUAACAUUGUAUAUGUUCACAUACGAAUAGUUGAAGAUAAAUACAAUGCAACCUAAUUUUUUUUA